AUGUUAAUCAUUUUUUCUUUCUUUUCAUUGCUUUUCAUUUCUCGCUUUUUCACUCCUUUUCUUUUCCUUCUUAUUUUUCACUUUUCUAUUAUAUUGUUUAUUUCUGUUUUGCAUUUAUUUCCUUCUUUCUUUCUCUUUUAUUUUUACGCUUGUUUGCUUCCAUUUUUCAUAUUUCUUUUAUCUUUCCUUUUCUGUCAAUCUUCUUUGUCAUUUCUUUUGUAUUUUGUUCUUUCUUUCUUUCUCUUUUUCUAUCUUAUCCGUUCCCAUUUUUGCAUCUUUAUUUUCCUUUUUCUUUUCCAUCAAUCUUCUUUGUCCUUUCUUUCCUUCUUUUGUUCUUUCUCUCCGGCUCUAUUUUGCAUCUUUCUUUCUUUCAUUCUUGCUUUCUGUCUUUCUUUUUUCAUUUUCUCAAUAGUCCGGCUCUAUUUUCCAUCUUUCUUUCUUUUUCUCACUAGUCCGGCUCUAUUUUCCAUCUUUCUUUCUUUCGUUCUUUCUUUCUUGCUUUCUUUCUUUCUUUUUUCAUUUUCUCACUAUUUUCGCUCUAUUUUCCAUCUUUUCCAUUCUUGCUUUCUGUCUUUCUUUAUUUUCAUUUUCUCAAUAGUCUGGCUCUAUUUUCCAUCUUUCUUUCUUUUUCUCACUAGUCCGGCAGUAUUUUCCAUCUUUCUUUCUUUCGUUCUUUCUUUCUUGCUUUCUUUCUUUCUUUUUUCAUUUUCUCACUAUUUUCGCUCUAUUUUCCAUCUUUUCCAUUCUUGCUUUCUGUCUUUCUUUAUUUUCAUUUUCUCAAUAUCCGGCUCUAUUUUCCAUCUUCCUUUCUUUCAUUCUUGCUUUCUUUCUUUCUUUUUUCAUUUUCUCACUAUUUUCGCUCUAUUUUCCAUCUUUCUUUUACCUUUUCCUUUCCGUCAAUCGUGUUCGUCAUUCUUUCUUGCUGACUUUCUUUCAUUCAUUAUCAGCUUUGGCCUUGUCUUUUUUUUUUAUCUUUUCCUCCUCCAUUUUCCUCUUUCUUUUGCCUUUCCUUUUUCAUCAAUCUUAUUCACCUCUUCUUUCUUUCUUUCUUUCUUUCUUUCUUUCUUUGAUAGCUCAUCUUUUCCCCCUCAUUCAUUCCCUUUAUAUUCUACUUUCUCUUCUUUCCUCCUUCAUUUAUCCUCUGUGUUUGCUUUCCUUUACACAUCAAUGUUUCUUUCUUUUUCCAGUUUCCGGUCUAUUCCAUCUCUCUCUCCUUUUCUUUCUCUCCCCUUUUCUUUGUCUCUCCUUUUCUCUAUCUGUCUUUAUUAUUCUUUCUUCUGCCAUGUUUUAUCUCUAUCUCGCUACCCGUUAUACUUUCACACACACAUACUCUCUCUCUCUCUCUCUCUCUCUCUCUCUCUCUCGUUCUUUGCUAACAUCUCUCACUCUCUCUCUCUCUCUCUAUCUCUCUCUCUCUCUCUCUCUCGUAUUUUAAGUCUUUCUCUUUUCAUUCUUUCUCUCAUUCGGCUCAGCUAUGAGUUUCUUCUGUCCUCUCUCUCUCUCUUCUCUCCCACCCCACUUGGUUUCUCUUUGUCUGGCUGUCUGUCCCUCUCUCUCUCUCUCUCUCUCUCUUCUCUCUCUCUCUCUCUUAUUCUGCCCACCACUUGGUUUCUCUUUGUCUGGCUGUCUGUCCCUCUCUCUCUCUCUCUCUCUCUCUCUCUCUCUCUCAUCACAUUUCCUUCAAUCUUGGAUUUUCAUAAUAAAUAA